AUGGAAGCAGGGAAAUUCUUAGGGUUCAUGAUAACACAAAGAGAGGUGGAGGGCAACCCAGACAAAUGCGAAGCCGUCCUUAAAAUGGCAAGCCAUGGGUGCGUCAAGGAUGUGCAACGACUCACCGGGAAACUUACGGCUCUAUCCCGGUUCCUCGGUGCCUCGGCAGAAAAGGCCAUCCCAUUCUUCAACCUAAUGAAGAAGGGGAUCACCUUCGAGUGGACCCCAGCGUGUGAAGAAGCGUUCGGCCACUUCAAAAAGAUACUCUCAGACCCUCCCGUACUCAGUAAGCCUAAAGAAGGGGAGCCCCUGUACUUAUACCUAGCUGUAACCACACAAGCAAUGGCGACAGUCCUUGUCCGAGAAAAAGACAAGACUCAACGCCCAAUAUACUUCAUCAGCAAAGUACUCCAAGGAGCGGAGUUAAAGUACACCAAGUUGGAAAAAUUGGCCUACGCCCUAUUGACCUCAUCCAGAAGACUAAAGCAGUACUUCCAAGGGCACGUGAUCAUCCUGAGAACCGACCAAGCCAUUCGGCAAGUCCUCCAGAAACCUGACCUCGCGGGAAGAAUGAUGGCAUGGGCGAUAGAGCUGUCCCAAUAUGACUUACAAUACAAACCUAGGCAGGCAAUUAAAGCCCAAGCCAUGGCAGAUUUUCUGGUAGAAGUCACAGGGGAGGCCCCCGACAUACCGAACACAUGGUGGAAGCUCUACGUUUACGGAGCAUCCAACCAAACAUUCGGAGGGGCUGGAAUCAUUCUUGAAAACUCGACAGGAGUAGCUUAUGAACAAUCGAUCAAGUUCGAUUUUCCAGUCUCCAAUAACCAGGCAGAGUACGAGGCCUUGAUAGGAGGGUUAAUGUUAGCCAAAGAGGUUGGAGUGUCGAGGGUGGAAGUUAGUAGUGACUCCCAGAACGUCACCUCUCAAAUAAACGGCAGCUACCAAGCCAGGGACGCACUACUGGAAAAAUACCUGGAAAAAGUAAAGGAGCUAUGCAAAGGCUUUGAGGAAGUCAUAAUUCAGCAUGUCCCUAGAAAAAGGAAUGCCCGAGCCGACCUCGUCUCCAAGCUAGCAAGCACCAAACCUGGGGCAGAGAACAAAUCCUUAAUCCAGGGACUGGCAACCGAACCAGCAAUCAUCUUAUGCGCAAGCCAAACUCCAAGCUCCCUCUCAUGGAUAGACCCUAUCUUCCGAUACCUGGAGCACGGAGAAACGUCCCUAGACGAGAAAGAGGCACGGGCCAUAAAGAGGGAAGCUCCCAAAUACGUGAUCAUACAGGGGCAAUUAUACAACCGAGGACUCCACCAACCCCUACUCAAAUGCCUACGCCCCGACCAGACGGACUACAUCCUAAGCAAAGUCCACAAGGGGUGCUGUGGCCACCAUAUUGGAGGAAAGUCGCUAGCAAGAAAAAUCAUCCGAGCAGGAUAUUACUGGCCCACAAUGAUGACGGACGCCCAGGAGUUCAUCAGAAAAUGCAAAAAAUGCCAGAAAAAUGCUAACUUCCACAAAGCACCACCCAAAGAACUCAACCCGAUGAUGGCCCCCCGACCUUUCGCCCAAUGGGGAAUUGACCUCUUAGAACCGUUCCCCCCUGGGCCUAAGCAAGUGAAAUACUUGAUAGUAGUCAUAGACUACUACACUAAAUGGGUAGAAGCAGAAUCAUUAGCUCGCAUAUCUUCAGCGAAUUGCCAAAAAUUUAUGUGGAGGCAAGUGGUCACCAGGUUUGGAAUCCCAGAAAUCGUCAUGUCGGGCAACGGGACACAAUCCACUGACAAGAAGUUCAAAGGAUUCCUAGCAGGGCUGGAAAUCAAGCAAAGAUUCUCCUCAGUCGAACAUCCCCAAACCAACGGCCAGGUGGAGGCAGCUAACAAAGUUAUCCUGAAAGGGCUAAAGAAGCGACUUGAGGGGAAAAAAGGCUCAUGGGCAGAUGAGUUAGCUUCAGUCCUAUGGUCUUACAAGACCCACCCCCCAAUCAUCCACCGUUGA